AAAUCAAUCAGCAAAAUCAUCCACACGUCGGCGAGUUGGAAUGGCGAAAAGAAACCCAUCGAAAUGAAUUUAUUUUCUGUUUCAAUUUGCUGUCUUUUGCUAGAUGUUUGAACUCCAUUGGAUCAACAAUUUGAAUAUCAUAUGGCUAGAUGGAAUGCACUCUGCCUGCAUCUACCGGCAUCAUGGCACAUCAACCUUCGUCUAAAUGCCAAAUUUUCCCGCUACAUCGCUUGUCUGAUUAUCGGCCUAGCCUGCAUGGGUCUGAUCCUCAUUGUCUACCUCGAGUUUCGAAUGACCCAAAUCCUAGAUGACCCCUUAAAUGAACUUAUUAAUAAAUAUGAACUACUAGAGGUCACCGAUAUCAAGGACAAAAAUCUAUAUUAUGGGGUCGUAGUGGAUGCCGGGAGCAGUGGGACGAGGGUUUAUGUGUACUUUUGGCCAAGGCAUAUCGGUGAUACAAAUAAACUACUCAAGAUCCAUCAGAUGAGAGACUCACAUCGAAAGCCGGUGGUGAUGAAAAUAAAACCAGGUCUUGCCACGCUAGCAAACAACCCGUCUGAAGCUAGUGAAUAUCUUAAGCCCCUCCUAGACUAUGCUGCAAGUCACAUUCCCAAAGCUAAGCUUCCAGAAUCGCCGCUCUAUAUUUUAGCAACAGCAGGGAUGAGAAUGCUUCCAUUAAGCCAGCAAGAAGCCAUCCUCCAAGAUUUAAAGACGGACAUUCCAAAAGAUUACAAGUUCCUGUUCUCAGACCCUCAGGUUGAAGUGAUUAGUGGGAAACAAGAGGGCGUGUACGCCUGGAUUGGAAUCAACUAUGUCCUGGGCAGGUUCGACCACGGUGAUGACAGUGAUCCGAUGGUCGAGGUGGAUGUGACGGGAGAGAGCGGACCGAUAAGCGUCCUGCGUAAGCGCACCGUUGGUAUCCUGGACAUGGGCGGGGGCUCGGCGCAGAUCGCAUUUGAGGUCCCUCACACCGUAAGCUUCAACAAGCCAGGCCCAGAGGAGGAUGUUGCCAAGGGCAUGCUGGCGGAGUUCAACCUCGGCUGUGAUGUCCAUAAAAUUGAGCAUGUGUACAGGGUUUACGUCACUACAUUCCUUGGGUUUGGGGGCAACGCCGCCAGAACUCGAUACGAGAAAGCUCUUCUUAAUGCCUCGCUCCCCGUUAACAAAAGCAUUGCCAAUUCCCCUGGUCUCCAAGAAAAAUCCGCGAUUUCUGACCCAUGUCUACCAGUCAACAUGCAAGACCAGGUAUCCCACAACAGCCAAACCAUCCACCUAAAGGGAACUGGUGACUUUAAACAAUGCCAGGCUUCCCUGGUGCCCCUCCUCAAUCUCAGCAGUCCGUGCGCCAAGCAGCCAUGCUCAUUUAACGGCGUCUUCCAGCCGGAAAUUGAGUUUCGAAAUAGUGAGUUUUACGGGUUCUCCGAAUAUUGGUACUGUAUGGAAGAUGUGCUGCGCAUCGGAGGGAUGUACAAUUAUGUCAAAUUUGAAUUAGCUGCAAAGGAUUACUGUGCAACCAGGUGGUCCUUAAUACAAGAGCAUUACGUCAAAGGCCUGUACACAAAAGCUGAUGCCCACAGAAUAAAAUACCAGUGUUUUAAAUCAGCCUGGAUUACAACGGUUCUCCAUAAGGGUUUCCGAUUUCCAGAAGAUUAUCACUACCUGCGCACCGCCAGCCUUAUACAGGAUAAAGAGGUGCAGUGGACCCUGGGUGCCAUACUGCAUCGUACUCGCUUCCUUCCGCUCAGAGAAAUCCAGCAGGGUGCGUUCCAGAAGCAGGUCCCUCCACCGUGGGUCCACGCUACCCAGAUUUCCAACCAGUAUAUCUUCAUUACGUGCUUUGUCAUUGUCUGUAUCUUCAUUAUGCUGUAUGUCCGAUGGCUAAGGGGGAUGGGUCCCAGACGCAUUUACCGGGUCCCAACUAUGGCUUACUUCAUGACAGAGGAGGGGCAAAUACAGGAUGGGAUACAGGAAACUGGAGCUGUGAUGCUCCCUUAGUGGUAGGAUCACCCCUAUUCAUGUAAUGAAAGCUCCCCAAAUUCAUGACAUCUGUAUACUUUAGUGUAUGAUCAAAGCAUCCUCCACUUAGGAAUAGGUAAUUAAGUCAAAAACAUAAACUGGUAUCCUGGGUUAUUUCAUUUAUAUAUUAGCAAGCAGAUAAUCUUAAUGAACUGAUUUCGGGAAAAUUCCUAAUUCAAAAUCAAUUUACACCUUUAGUUUAUUGCCAGAGUCGUAGCUAAAAUCACUUCGUUAUACAAGCUUCUACCGAAGGUCAACAAAAUGUGUUUUAAAAUGCGUUUUUUGUUUUUCUUCCUUUUUUCAUAUUUUGUUUUGUUUUAAGGUAAGGUCAUAGGUUGUUGAUUACUCAAAAAUGUUAUGACCUUAAAAACUUACUUGGUGAGAAGCACUGCAGCUGUCGAUAGUAAAAAAUAGUUUUGAGAAAGGAUUCCCUUCGAGUUAAUACGAUUUGGAUAAAUUUCCACCCC